GCUCUGUUCCACCUCCAAAGGAUAUUUCCUUCUUCCGUACGGAGAGGGAACACACACUGAGGAGGGGGCUUCAGGUGGCUGAAGCUUUGCCGGUUCAGUCUCCGGCUGACGUCAUGCAGAGAGAGCUGGACAGCUGCUUGAGUUUGGAGUACACUCCUGACAGUCUGCCUCCACUGCUGCUCCAGUUCUAUACCGACAGAUCAUAUCACCUGGCUCAGAUCAAAUAUCUGCUCAUGCUCAGAUGGAGGAGAUUCUGCCGCCACACCAGCGUCAUUGAGAAGCUUUAUCCUCAUUACAAGGAUCAGGUGUCAAAUCUGACCAGCGAGUACGAGGACGCCGUGCAGAGAGCGCGCAGACUGUCUGCGAGCAGAGAGAAGAUCCUGACCGGACGAGGAAACCCCGCAAACCUGCUCGCUCAGGACGAUGUGGUCAUCUACCUCCGGUGGCUGGUCUGCCAUCUGCACUCUGUUCAACACGUUCACAACUUUCUCACGGUGCUGCACUACAUCCCGGCGUGUGAAAGGAAAGAGAGUGUCGAUGGUAUUUCUGGACCGGCUCGUAACGUCCCCCUGCACACCGCUCACCUGGAGGAGUUUCUACCUGAGCUGCAGGAUUUGAUCGCUCACUUCCACCUCUCCUACGACGCUCGAGGACUCAGGAGCAGCGCAGACGAGAUGGAGUUAUUCAGCGUGGUGUGGAGGGAGUUCAGGACGGUGUUCAGGCAUCAGGAGCAGAUGAAAACGUUUCCUCGGUACGGCGGCACGGAGGUCAAAGAGAGCCAGUGGGGGAGGAAGAGCGCGAGCUCGGCUCUGAAGAAGGAGGCCGACUGGAUGCCCUUCAUUCAGGUGAAGCCCAGUCGGGAUCCGUGGCAGCAGAAGCUCGUCACAAAGCUGAAGGAGAAGAAAUGUGUUGACGAGCUGCUGAAGAUGCACAGCAGGUUUCUUCAGGUCUCUGAUCUGCACGACGUCGCUGCGGCUUUGAAAGAACACUCAGCGACCUCGGCUUCACGCGGCGGCGAGGCGAGACGACACAAGGCUUCGGAGAUCUGGACGAGCAUCUACAGCGCCGCCUCUCCUGCUCGGGAAACCAGAUGUGGAGGCAGAGGAGACCACGAUAAGAGUUUGAGGAGUCAAAGCACAACAAGUGAAAGCUACUCUUUCGUGGACAGCCUGCAGCUCUUGGGUCUGGAUGAUAGUUUAGAGGAGGGAAGCUCGGAUGCCAUGGUAACCAGAGGCGCUUACCUGUCUCUGAUGUACCUGCGUCAUCUCAAACUGAGACAGCUCCAGCGAGUCUCUCUCGGGCUGCUGAACUACCUGCGCUCCGUGGAGAGGACUCUGACCUUUGACCUGGCAGGUCUGCAGCUGGAGGACCGAGAGCUGUGCAGCACGGCGGAGGAAACGGGCUGGAUGAAUGCAGCCAGAGGAGGAAGAGGGGAGGCUGGAGGACUCGGCUCGAUGCAGUACAGCCACAACACUCCCGUGGACUGUAAGGUCCGCUGUUCGGAGUUCAUGGAGUUUGCAGAGGUGGAGAAUCUUCAUGACUUCUACAGCUCGGAGGGCCGCUUCGUCCACACUCAGGACCAGAGAGGUUUUUACAUCGUGUACGACGCCGCGCUGAAGGACCUGGAGGAGCUGGAGAACGAGCUCCUUCUGGUGGGCUCGCAUUUCAUCCAGAGAAACAGGAUUAAGAAAACGACAGCAGGCGUCCACUCUGGGUCAGAUUUCGACCGUGUGGCUUUGCUUCUCGACUUGUGGACGUGUGAGACAGAGUUUUUGGAGAGCAAAGUCCAGCUCUUGAACUGUUACUACGAGGCCUACCAGCACGCAGCGGGCACUGAGGAGAGGUGUGCGCUGGCUCGAGUUAUCACUGACAUCAUGCACAGCAGGCCACAACUGGACCUGAACCAGGAUUACUUCGUCCAGGUCUACAGAGCUGAGAUAGGCUGCCUGCGAAGCCACCAGCAGCUGAUCAAAAACAUUUUAGACAAUCAGAUUGAAAAACAGCGGCAGUACCUCCAACGCAUCUGGAGAGACGACCGGAAAAACUCUGUUCAUGACUACGGCCUUCCACCAAACUACGUUCCCAAACAUCUGGUCUCACUGGGAGGCAGCAGCCCUGCACUGAUGAACAUCUUCCUCCUGGAGGUUCAUCCGUCCCUCUGCCUGGCUUCUGCAGUCUAUCACGGUUUAGUUCAGGCUCACUCGGAGCUCUGUCAGCUGCACCGAGCCGUGAGCAUCACCGACAAACUGGCCCUGCGACAGCAGCUCCUGCAGGAGGCCCUGCAGAGCUGGAGUGACCUGGCUUCACCCGGAGUCUCCUACAGCGCUCAGAUACAGAAGGAUCUGUUCUCAGAUUUCUUUUUUGAGGAUCCGAUUUUGGUCCAGAAGGUUGGCCUGAGGUUUAUAAGCUCCGCAGAGGAGAGGGACGUGACGCAGGGGAGGGAGAAACAGCCGUACGCUGUGGAAACUUUCUCCAGGCUGCUGGAGCUCGUCACCAUCCGCCACCGUCUGCUGGGCUCGGCCUCGGAGACGGCACACCUGGCACAGUUGUACAGACACGUGGCUUCAGAGCUCGGUUUCGAUGACUUCCACCUUCACCUGAGGCCGGUUCAGUUUGAGGUCGCUGAACAGAAAGACAAAGCCGAGCCGAGGCCUGUUUUCAUCACAGCGACACUGGAGGAUGACAGCUGCGUGGACAGGUUCACCCCGUCCCACCUUCCUCUGAGCAUCCAGGAGCUGGACGAGAACCAGAUCGGGAGGUUCAGCUUCAGCUCAGAGGAGGCAGUUAUCCAUCUUAUGAACAAACAGAGUGUAGAAAACCUGCAGGUGACUCUGGCCUGUCAGGUGACACAGAAGAACGCUCUGAUGAACGCCUUGAAGCUGGUUUGUCUUUGUCGCCGGGCAGAGAGUGUGAUGUCUUCAGCUGAGAUUGAAGCAGCCUAUCAUUCUGAUAAGGAAGUCUCCAAACGUGGACGCGACACCAACAGUCUGCAGGAAAAAUCAGACUCUUCAUCCUCAGCAAGAACUCCCACCACCACUAAGGAGAGGCUGACGGAAGCUUUCGUGUCCAUCCAGCUGGAAAAAGUGGGUCCGCGUGAUGAGAUGCUGAAUUCAUUUAGGAAGAAGAAACAGGCCGCGGGGGGUCUCAUAAAAACCCCGGAGGAAGCUGCAGAGAUGAAAAGGAGGCUCAUAAUGGACUUUCUCAAGCAAUUCAGCUCACAGGUAUCUCAGUAUGGUGUGAGGGCGCAGAUCGUUGCAUAUUACUACAGUCUGAACUUCCUGCUGGACGACAUCCCCUCCAUCCGUCGGUCCCACUUCACGACGGGGCUGCAGCCCAAAGGAGCUGACCUCUGCCCUGACCUCAGGACGCCUCAGCGUCGGCAGCUGCUGUCUGCAGACGGCAAAACUCUCCUCAACUUGUGGUUCCUCCCUCAUUUCUCUCAAGUGCUGCACGUGUUCAAGACGCUGGAUGUCUCGGAGUGUGCCGCAGCUCUCCGCCGCACUCUGCAGAUAGUUUCAGCUCUUCAUGACAUCGUUUAUUACCUGGUUAGUUUCUCCAGACUGGGAAACGCAGAAGACUCGGAUGCACCCGGCUCACUGGCGGCUGACUGGGGAGGCACUGAAGGCAUCGGAGCGGAGCUGCUGGAGAUCCAGCAUCAGAUGGAGCGUCUGUCUGACCCCAGCUGCCCAGAGUCUGUCGGCCGUCUGCUGCAGCUUCGCAGGCAGAUCCUGCUGCUGCAGUUUGACACGGCCGUCAGACACCUCAUCAGGGAGGUGUUGCUCUCCUCCGGUGAUGUUGCCUCUUACCAGAGUGUGACCGACAACAUGGCGACCGCCCUCCCCCUCCUCAGUGACAGUAUCCAGGCCGACGUGUUCGGCGUCACGCUGCCUGUUCCCCGACCUCUACAGGCCCGAGGCUGUCAGGCACAGAGGAUGUAUCCAUGGAGAAGCUUCAUAAACUGUCAGGGAUUGUUUCCUCUGCACGUUUGGGACGUUCCUCCCAUUGAAUACUGCAUGCAGCUGUGUCUGAGCGGACUGAGCGAUCGCCGCAGACUGCAGGCCAACGCGGCGAUCCUCGGCGUGUCGCUGCUCAUGGAGGACGUACUGAACAGCGGGAGGGAGGCAGAGCCGGUCCGUCUCCAUGGCGACAAGGUCGACCUUCUGCACCAUGGAAAUCCUAACGAGGGGGAUGAACUCUGCUUGGAGGCUGAAGCAGGAAAGACAGCUGCUCCUCUUCAGGAUCCGAUCAGAGUUCAGCUGGUGCUCAAAGGUUUCCUCCUGAUGAUGAAGCAGCUUCAGGUGUUCAAGGAGAGCUGGACCCGAACACAUCUGGGCGUCCAAACGUUCAGGACGGCCGGUUCGUAUCAACAGUUUGUGAAACUCUACAGAGCUGAGAUCUUCUACCCCAGCAUGAGAGCUCUGGCUGAACAAAUGGGGAAGGAGCGGGACUACGAGGUCUUGAUCUCUGGUAGUCAGGCUCUCCUGCCGCCGCCUGGAGCUUCAGAGGUUGAUGUGAAAGCCUGGCAGCUUCACAAACUGCUGGAGAGCGCCGAGUGUGACAUGAUCAGAGCGGUGCAGAGGAGGAUCAACGGAGAGAUGACGCUGGUGGUUUCAGAGCGAACUCGACAGGACGCAAGCCUCCCUACAGAGCUGUGGAAGAAAGCCCCACUGAAGUACACUUUGUCCCCUGAGUGGCCGCGGAUUGUGGAGACGUUCAUCCAGCAGCUGAUGGAGGGAGCUGAAGAGGCUGACGGACAGCUGAGGGUUUCUCAGGAUCGCCUCCAGCAGUGCCUCACUCACCUCGGCUGUUCUCUGACGGAGCGAGAGCGCCGCAGCUUCCUGCUUUACUCGCAGUUUUACGAACAGAUCCUGCAGCAGGAGACUCAGCUGCUGUGUCAGAGAGAACAGGAUUUAAAGAAUCUUAAGGACUCUCAGACCAGCAACUCUCACAAAGAGGCGGCUGCUGUUUGUCGCGGGAUGAUGUUGGAGAUCUCAGCGCUGCAGGCUCAAGUCGCUCAUCUGGAACAAGAGAAGAGUUUUCUGGAGCAGCGACUCAGCCUGAAGUUCAAAGAACGCUACGACCCUUUGGUCCGACACCUCGUCUCCACUUGCAUCCAGCUAAAGGCCCGGCUUGAUGAGCACAGCCGGCAGAUGGAGCAGGAUGUGAGUGAGAUGGUGAACAGGACGAGAGGCGAGGGAGUGGACAGGAUUAUUAAACUCAAGAAGAAGUACGGCUGCACCAAAGACAAUGACGGACUCACACUCAGGCGGUUAAAGAAAGAAGAAGUCCAUGAGCUGCAGCAGGAGAACAGCCGGCUGACCGCUCUGCUCUGUAAGCUGAGGGCUGUGAGCAGCUGGAGGCGGCUGCUCGACCAGGAGAAGCUUCACCGGCAGCUGCUCCAGACUCAGCAGAGGGAGAUGAACUGUCGGGCCGAGGCUCUCAGGGUGAAGAUGAUGUCAGAGGAGGAGGUGGUUCUGCUGCAGGAGGAGCUGGACGUGGUGAGGAAGGUGUUGACCCGCUGCCAGGCCGAGUGCAGCAGCACCAAGAAGCUGCUCAGCAGGAAGACAGAGGAGCUCCAGGUGUCCAGGCAUCAGUCGGCGCAGGAGGCCUGCAGCCGGCAGGAGCUGGACAGCUACCGAGUGCAGAGCCUGGAACAAAUGAGAGCCGACGUGGAGGACCGAGAGAGGCAGGUCAGGGCGCUCAGCGAGCAGCUGGACCGGGGCAGCAGGGUGAACCAGUUACACCGGCAACGCAGCGCCAAAGAGAUCCGACAGGUGAAGGGGAAGCUACAGCAGGCGCUCAGCCUCAAACAAGAAGCCUUUCAGCGGGUGGAUGAACUGCAGGACCAGGUGAACGACAUGGAGGCGGCUUUCUCCAGGUGCACCUCUAUGACAGGCCAAAGCAGGACUUAUUACACGCUGUCACUCAGCAGACUGAGUACGAGAAGUCCCUCAGCAGGUCCACACAGGACCGGUCAGCAGCAGCAGCAGCAGCUGCAGCUUGGCAGCCUCACAAACCACGCCACACUUCAGGACUCUGCCACACAGCCAAGACACCAGAGAGCAGAAACAGCCAGGAGCCGUCCUGACACAAGAAUAGACCGGCCGAGAGCGGAUGCGGCUCGCCUGCGUGUCCUGACUGCUGAGACGACGUUUCCAGACCUGUGAGCGUCAUCCCCCCUCCUGGGUAUUCUGUAAAGCAACACCGACUUUUUG